AUGGCCUUCAAGUUCGUCGCCUUCGCCGCUCUGGUCGCAGCUGCCAACGCAGGACUCCUGCCUGCAUCCGCGCCGUUGACCUACGCACCUGCAGCUCAGCUCGCGUACGCCGCAGCAGCCCCGUUGGCAGUGGCACCGGUGGCCAAGACGCUCGCCGUAGCCCCCGUGGCCAAGGCAGUGGACGCCGACUUUGACCCCAACCCUCAGUACAGCUACGCCUACGACGUGCACGAUAGCCUGACCGGAGACGCCAAGAGCCAACAGGAGACCCGCGACGGAGACGUUGUACAAGGCAGCUACUCCCUGGUCGAACCUGACGGUACCAGACGCAUCGUCGACUACGUCGCCGACCCGGUCAAUGGUUUCAACGCCGUCGUUCGCAAGGAAGCAGCAGCCGCACCCCUGGUAGCCGCCGCGCCUCUAGCUAAACUGGCCACUCCUGUUGCCUAUGCGGCCCCGAUUGCAAAGAUCGCCGCCGCCCCCGUUGCCUACGCCAAGUACGCUGCAGCUCCGGUUGCCUACGCGGCCCCCAUCGCCAAAUACGCCGCACCACCAGCCCUCUCUUACGCUGCACCGAUCGCCAAAUUCGCUGCAUCGCCUUUCGCCUACGCCGCCCCUGCUCAGGCUCUCAUCAACUGA